AUGAGUUGGAUAGGAGAAUGUAAACUAACAACAGAAAUUAAAGGAUGUAAAGGAGAAAUAGAUAAAGAAUAUGGAUGUAGAGAAUGUUCAGAAGGAUAUUAUUUAAUAAAUAAAGAAUGUUCAAAAUGUAAAGAGAAUUGUACAAGAUGUUCAAUAAAGAAUGAAUGUAAUAGUUGUGAAGAUGAAUAUAUAUUAAAAAAUAAAGAAUGUAUCUACUAUUUAGAUAUUAAUAAAUGUAAAGAAGCAAAGAAGAAUAAAUGUUCAAAAUGUUCAUUUUGGUAUGGAACGAAUGAAGAAGGAAAUGAAUGUAAUAAAGAAGUAAUAUAG